AGUGCGGAAUUGUCUGGACAGAGUGCUCCGAAAUAACUAACAAAAUCAUGAAGACCGUUGUGUUUGUUGUGACCCUGCAGGCGUUGUGCACCAUGGCUCAGCUGGCAGGAGGAUGGUCCAAGAAGCCCGUGGACGAUGAACAGGUGAAGACGAUGGCGCUCUUUGCCGUGCCUCACGUGCAGGGGGAGAUCAACCACAGCAACUUCUUCAAGCUGAGCUCCAUCGACGAUGUGGAGGCGCAGGUGGUGAGCGGCAUGAACUACCGUAUCACCAUGACCUUGGAGCAGACGACCAGCGACAAGGCGGCGGCCACCCAGGAGGACUGCGAACACCAAACCGCCUCGCCCGCCGGCAAAGUGCAAUGCACGGUGGUUGUGUACGACCAGCCGUGGACCGGGAAGCGGGAGGUCACCUCCAAGUCGUGUGGCGAGGUCCAGUACUAGUGACUGCUGAAGACGGGUGCCGGCAGACGGGUCCCGCUGGCAUUGUCCCGCUCCGGCCCGGUCUGCUCGGCCGUCCCAGGCUCCAUUCAGCUGGGAGCACGGUCGGAUCGGCUGCUCGGUGCUGCCAUCUGCCGGUGCGGGCGAAACACGCGAGCCAACCGACUGCCUUCUAACGUAUGGGCCGUAUUCUGCAUCAUGACUUUCGUAUUUGUACCUUCCAUUAUAUACGGUGUGCAUUGAACUAAGCGCAAAGUCGCGUGAACUGGUUUUCAUAUAGAGCAAGUAGCAGGUCUUGCAAGCAGAGAGUCUAGUCUUUGAAUACCUGUAUUUAUACGUCACAACGUGGUGCUCCCAAAAUGGCCUGGUUUGUUGUUUUCGUUGUCAACAAGAAGUUAGUUUCUCGUGCUACUUACGUUCUACUUAACAAGCUACAUAAUAUUUCAGUACAUUUCCGUGAACCAUGUCGUUUCACUGAUUGUAAAAUGUAAAUUCAAGGUUGACAUCUGUUUUCCAUUGGGCAAUUACUUAAGUAUUACUGCAUGUAGCAUUUUUGCGUUUAACUGGUAAGAUCGAGGAUUGUAACCCUGGAUUUUAAUGCCUUUUUGAUCAGGGAAAUACAUAUAUUUACUUUCUUC